CCUCAAUCAGCUCACACAAGCAACCUGCAUUCUCCUUCCUCUCCCUCACGCAACGGAACCAAUCAUACAACUUCUAGGAUCGGAGUUCAUAUAGCCAACCGGCGACGCCAACGGAGAUCAAGACACACCUCCAAGAACCGAUAGCUUAACAAUGGGGUUCAUCCACUGGAAGACCUCCAAGCAGACCGGCAAGCUCAAGACCCUCCUGGGGCUCGCCCUCUCGCGCAUCGCCGUCGCACGCCGGCCGCGCCUCGCCCGCAAGUCCAUUGCCACCGAUGAUGUUCGCCAGCUUCUCACCCUUGGCCACCUCGACCGUGCCAUCCACCGGGCAGAGCAGGUCAUAGUGGAGGACACCAUGUUGGAGGCGUUCGAAAUGAUAGAGCUGUACUGCAAGCGCCUCAUCGAGCAUGCUGCAAGGCUGGACAAGCCUGGUGAGUGCACUGAGGAGAUACGAGAGGCGGCCGCAACGGUCAUGUUUGCCGCCGGUUGGUGCGGCGACUUGCCGGAGUUGACGUUCGUGCGCACCAUCCUUGCGGACAAGUUUGGCAGUCACUUCACCGAGGCGACCAGGGACGGCACCGGCAUCGUCGAUCGCAUGUUGGUGUGGAAGUUGUCUGGCGAUGCAACCAGCAGGGAGCUGAAGAAGAAGGUGACCAAGGAGAUCGCCGCGGAGAACAACAUCGUAGUGGACUUCUCUGAACUCCGAGACGUGAUCAAGGAUGGAGAGGAUUGAUAACUUUGGGAGCUUUGAGCACGACACUUCAUGAACAGCUCGGACGAAAGCUCAAGAGCACUCAGGAUGAUGGCUGUGUUUCUAGCUUUGACUGAUCAUAUUUAGGAUACUGGAACCCAAGGGGCAGAGGCAUCGGUGCGCACAAGAAGAUAAACUUCCUCUGAGACCAGAUCAAAAUGUAACAACUCUGCUGUGUGCAAUUCCAUUUGCGCCCAAGGUUAUUAAGUGAUGAAUAUGCAUGCGAAAUUGUG